GGGGUUCCCACCCCAUGGCAAGGCUGCCGCCUGAGCUCUGCCUUCACACAGACACAGCUCAUCCCAGCCACUGGUCCCCCGUUUUGACAGGAGCCCAUUGAACUGGUUGGCAGCAAGCAACAUGGCGGAGGAUCUGUCUAAAGAGCAGGUGGCUGAGUUCAAGGCAGCCUUCACCAGGUUCGACACGGACGGGGAUGGCAAAAUCAACGUGGAGGAGCUGGGUGCCGUCAUGAAAUCCCUGGGCCAGAACCCGUCGGAGGCCGAGCUGAAGGAGCUCAUCGCCCGGGUGGACACUGAUGGCGACGGUGCCAUCAGCUUCGAGGAGUUCCUGAACGAGAUGGUGAAGAGGAUGAAGUCCUGGGGUGGCGAGCAGGACCUAAAGAUGAUCUUCCGAGCCUUCGACCUGAACGGCGAUGGCCACAUCACCAUAGAUGAGCUCAAGCAGGCCAUGGCCCAGGUGGGGCAGGAGCUCUCCCAGAAGGACCUGGAGGCCAUGAUCCAGGAGGCGGAUGUGGACAAGGAUGGCCGGGUGAACUAUGAGGAGUUCUCACGAAUGCUCAACCAGAAGUGAGGCCCCAUUCAGUGUCUCCUCUGCUUGACUCUGGUUCUGCGGCCCCUGCUUGUGCCCUGGGGACACAGAGGGGGUCUGGGUGGUGGGGCACUUGCCUCUCUGGGCUUGGGUUCUGCGCUGUUGGGAUACCCUCUGUGCCUGGGGGGGGGGGGGGGGUGUUAGGGCUUCUCCUGUGAAUAGGGAUGUUCCCUACCUCACAGGGCUGUUGUGAGGAAUCCCAAAGCCAAGUGGUGAUCCAAAUAAAAGGAAUGUGAGCUCCAA